CCCGAGUCUCUGCGCUCCGUUACUUACAAACGAACGGAGCAACUUUUCCAAAGGAAGAAAGCGUCUUCGCAAAACCUCGUCUCACGAAACUUAAAACGCCGGGAGACGUUAACGUUUAGUUAUUAUUCAGCGCUUGUUUGUUUAAAAUUCGUUGGUUUAAGCGACGCAGAAGCGCAUUUGAGCUAUCUAGCUUGAGAAAAAUGAUUUGGCUUAGCUGAGCAGCUAACGCUAGCGAGCUAACGCCUAGCUUCGCGGAAAAAAGUAGCUUUAAACGGGUUUUGGCUGACGGAAAACAUAACUGUGGUCGUUUUAAUGAGAGAGCUUUUUAUGUAACGUUACGUACCUACAAACUAGAUAUUUUACUCAAUUUUAAAGCUAACGUAGAACAACGUCAGCUUAAAAUGCUGGUAACGGACAGGAAGGCGUUUGGAGAGAAGCUAGCUGUUGGCUCUAAAUGCGACUAGCUGACUUAACCUACCAAGUUCGUUUAGACUGAGAUACUAAAUCCAUGUGUAGUUAUAUAUUAUAUCACCUUAUUGUGUGAUUAUUAUUUUUAGGCUAGCUAGUUAGGUCUGGGUCGGAUAUUUAAAAAAAUGCGUGAUUCAAAUGUGAAUUUUAGUUUCCUUCACAGGACGUGCACUCUGGUUGUGCUCCUGUGCUUUCUUCACAUAUCGGUCACUGUAUUUUAUUAUGUGAGGUCGAUAGACUUUAAGCAAACGUUUCUACAACACCAGCAAAUCCAGCAGGACCAAAGAAAGCUGACAGCCUACGUGCACGGCAGUGAAGGAGAGACGAAGCCCACCACCAACUUUCCGCUUUCCAGGCAUCACAACGCUACUGAAAAGAGCUUGGAAAACCUUGAAAAAUGCCCCGACCCGUCGCCUAUACUGGUCGGACCCCUCCGGAUCGAGUUUUCCUCUCCAGUCAGCCUGGAAAACGUGAGGAAGGAGAACCCAGAGCUGCGGAUGGGAGGUCGCUACAAGCCCAAAGACUGCAUCGCUCUGCAGAAGGUAGCCAUCAUCAUCCCCUUCCGCAAUAGAGACGAGCACCUCAAGUUCUGGCUAUACUACCUGCACCCCAUUCUACAACGGCAGCAGCUGGACUAUGGGGUGUACGUCAUCAACCAGGGUGGAGAUGAGACGUUCAACCGGGCCAAACUUCUGAACGUGGGCUACGCUGAGGCCCUAAAGGAGUAUGACUAUGAGUGCUUUGUCUUCAGUGACGUGGACCUCAUUCCCAUGGACGACCGCAACACCUACAAGUGCUUCAGCCAGCCUAGACACCUCUCUGUGUCUAUGGACAAAUUUGGCUUCAGGUUGCCAUAUAACCAGUACUUUGGUGGAGUGUCCUCCAUGAGCAAAGAGCAGUUCCUGAAAAUUAAUGGCUUUCCAAACAACUACUGGGGCUGGGGUGGAGAGGAUGAUGACAUCUAUAAUAGGCUGAGCUCCAAAGGGAUGUCCAUAUCAAGGCCCAGUGCCGUGAUUGGGAAGUGCAGGAUGAUCCGUCAUGAACGGGACAAACAGAACGAACCUAAUCCUCAAAGGUUUGACCGAAUAGCUCACACGAGGGAUACCAUGCACAAAGACGGCAUCAACUCCUUACAAUACAAAGUGGUCAACGUGGAGAGGGACCAGCUGUUCACCAAAAUUACAGUGGAUGUGGGCAAAUCUCCAAACUGAUACCUGCACUUAUGAACAUCUACUGGACGCAGUAACCAAAUGUGCCUUGACUUUUGAGUUUUGCAUUGGAGUUUUGUAUCAUAAACUCAUAUCUUUUUAAAGAAAAUUCUAUAUUUUUAAAAGACCUUUCACAAAAAUUUCUUGCCAUCUUUGCACAACUGCGAGGGGGAGGAGGAUGUGUGAAUCUUUUACAGUGAAGGGUUGCGAGUGUGCCGUGUGCAGAGGGAAUCGUUUUCUCUCACAAACUGACAUGUCUGCCUUUUUUGUGGACAUGCUCUUUAGCAACCCCCCACCAACUGUUUGCCUGAGAGACUGCUGCUAAGGAAAGAGCCAGCUGUCGUCCGUGAUCGAUGUAAAUUGCUGAUUUGGGUGCUCCUGCCUAUUGCGGGCCUGUGAAAAAAUGAAGCUUACAGUGUGUGUGUGUCGAUUUUGGAGUUUGAUUUGCUUUGAUUUGAGUUGAUGCGUGGUUCUGAGUGAGUGGAGGGUGGUGGGCUCUUUGUUUGCUAACAUAUUUUAGCACUUCUUCAUUCCAAGUUAAGCAAUGCAAAGAAUUUGGGCCAGUGCCAGCCUAGGUCUCAGUAUCGUGCCUGUCAUUUUUAUGCUCGGAACCAAAAGUAACCCCCUUACAAAAACUGAUUUUUCUCAUUUUUAUUUUAACUGAAAUAAAUCUGAAUGUAAAUCCUCCGGCUGUGUUCCAAAUACAGAGAGAUUGUCAAAGAAUUUCCUACAUAUGCAAUAGACAACCAAAGUGGAGUUUUGCACCUGUUCCCCAGACACAGGCCAAGUCUUGUCUUUGUAUGCCUCUAACAUACAGUCAUUUACCAUUGGCAACAACAGUUAACAGUAAUAGAACAGAAACAUAGUUUUGUCAAAAACAUUUACGCAACUGUUUAAUAGUUUAGAAUCACUCACCUAAUUACUGAGUUUUAUUAUCUGGAAAAAAGAAAAGGAUAUCUUCAGGCCGAAUCUUCUUCCGUCUGCUGUCAAAAUUCGCAGAUGUCAUUGUGCGGAUACAUGAAGAUGACUAAAAGCAUGUUAUAAAAUCUGAAAUAUUUGGUGCAUUUGACCCCAUGGUAGUUUGUUCCUCACCCUCCCUUGGAAUAAAAUAUUCAUAACUCUUUACCAACAAAUAUUUUUUUUGACGUUUUAUUCAAUAUUUCAAAAAUGAUAAUGUAAUAAUUUAUUUAUAUUGGUACUUUGCCAAGCCUUCUGCCUUGAUUUUUGAUCUCCACAUUUCAAAUAUGAUGAUCUCUGCAUAUAAAUUCUAUCAGAGCUUGUUUUGCAAUGAUCUGUAAAUAUUUUUUUUCUCAACAUUGCUUCAACUCUUGUUGGAGUAGGCCUUUUCAGUCAUCUUUUCAUUACUGAAGCAAAUGUAUUUGACAAAAUAUUGUAUUUUGCAAGUUGAGGUUUCGUUGCAUCACACUUUGUUUUGGUUCACUUUUUUAGUGUUCAAGGUAAAAGAUUCCUCAGAUUCUACUUUAUAUAAUGUAUAUGUGUGUGUUAAUGAGAAAUAGAUGUGUGAUCACAUUUUGGUAAUUCUGAAUGGGUUAAAAAAAAGUAAAAAAAAAAGGUAAAAGUACACAGUUGAAUAAUUUAUGAUUUGCUCCAAAUCGCCUACUAAAUUAUAUGGAAAUUGUUACCUCAAAUAUUUAUAGACAUUGGUUUGAGGCGGCUUCGUGAAAACGAUCCAGCUGAUCCAGCAGAUAAAACACAUCUACAUCGGCCCAGAGUUCUCAUAGUCUAUUUAAUUUACACAUGAAAAUAUAAUUUUAAAAAUAUUUUUGGACAUCAAGUUUUUAAUAAAAGAUUUAAUUCUUUAAAAUUAGUUUUUGAUGUCAAUUUUCUUUUUUUUUUACCAUUGAAAAUUAUAUUUUAAUAUCAAAUUGUAAAAAUUCAAUUAAUGACAGUAUAAUAAUGUCAUUUUUUACUAGUGAAAAUAUAUAAAAACAUUUUAAUUCCCAAUAUCAAAAAAUAAAGUAAACGCUAAAAUGAGUUCUUAAGUACAGGGUGUUUUUUGGUGGUGGUAACUGACUGUAUGCUGUUAGAUGUGGCAGAUAGAUUUUAGGUUGAGGAGAAUAAAAAGCUUCCUUUCAUCUAAAAUCUGGAUUUAUUCCUGGAUUAGACUUCAUUUGUGUCUCCCAAAUAGCCAGGCUUUAAAAACAACGUCCCCGUUUUGUACUUUGUCCUGUACUCGCUCAAUAUUGUGGCCUGUUCGUUUUGCACAGUGACCGUUGACCUGUAAGAAAGCACAUAUAUGCAGUAAGCUGUGGUGUCUGGGUGGGUGGAAGUGUCUGUCUGUCUGUCUGUCUGUCUGUCUGUGUGGGGUUGUAUUAGUGGAAGGGUGAGGGGGGGGCUGGGGAUCAAAGCCAUUAAGAUUUCGACUGGACUGAGUUAAUCAGCAGCGUAAAUGUUGUUCUCCUAUGCGUCUUCAAACGGCCUUCUAAACUUGAAGUACCUUCUCAACCUCCUCCUGACCAAAUUCCUUUUCUCAUAUAUACUGAGCAAGGAAAAUUCAGCCUCAGCAAGAUGAAUGUACAGUUGGAAACCUUGGGAGUGACUUUUCCAGCUGUUGGCUGAACGACGGAGGUGGCCAGUCUUUGUGUCAGAAUGUUGAAGUCUUUUUUUUUUUCUUUCUUUCUUUCUUUUUUUUUUUUAAUGCCAAGAUGGACAAAAUCGCUCAUGACUUUGAUUUUCUGGUAAAACGUCAUGGCUGUCUGCCUUGCCAUUUAAUCUGACACAAAUCACUGUCUGUUUUUUGUGUUUUAUUUUUUUUUAGGUUGUGGAUUGCCAGGCUGUAGAUCUGUUUGGACAAUGGCCUUUCAUCAGAGCCAGCGUGUAACUACACUUCAGGGUGUUGUCAUUUUCCUUCUAUUACAGAGAUGUUCUUUGUAAAACGUUUAUCUUCUUGGUUGUGUUCACUGUGCUUUUUGCUUUCCCUACACACAUACAUGCUAUUUGUUUAUUCACUGUCUUACUUGAUUUCUGAAGCCUUUCUAUUGUAAUGCUGAAGAUGAAACCAAUCAUGAUCUUAAAUAAUUAAAUUACUAUUUGAUUUAA